CUGCUUGUCAACAAGAUGGCCUUCCUCCUCCUGCCGUUUUGACACUGAUUAUUUUGGUAUCCCCGAGAACAUACCGUAAAAGCCCGUGCCACUUCUAAACAGAUAGCGAGAGAGCGACUGCUGAGAGUCCUGACAAGGCGCACAGUGAGACAGACUGUGUCCAGGGAACUGACAGGCACAUAAAGCCUUGGCAGCAGCAGCCACAACCAGACCAGGUUGAGGAUAGAAAGUAGCUGCUGGCUAAUGUCGACGCUAGCCAGCGACUGAGCUAGCUGAGCUACGUGGACACGGAUAGUUAACUCGUGUCACCUGCAUUUAACCCGACAGACUGGUUUGAUUAGGGCGAAAUACAAGGCGAAAACACUCGUUAUCGACAGUCAGCUGGUCCCGAGGGCCGUAUCUGGAAAUUAACUCCGCUGAGGUUUAUGCCCAAUUUUGCUGGUGAGCUUGGUCAUAGUGCCCACCAGGUUGGCACCAGGAUAGAGGUCUAACAAUGAGGAGAGCUCUUGGUGUCUGCUGGCCAGUAUAGAUGCCGAUAUGCCACGGUGGUCCGCAUCCUGAUGGACCGAGAUACCUUCUCCCACAUCCGGCUGUGGUGCCCACGCCCUUUUGGCACCUACUCCCAGAACAAAGCUAGGAGCCCAGGCUCAGGGGGCAGCGGUGGAGGCGGCGGCGGGGCAGGGUCCCCCUCCCUCUGCAAGGCCGAGCCCACUCCAAAUGCCAGAAGGACGGCAGAUGGAAGUGAAGAUGUAGGGAUGAUCGUGGGGGUGCAGGAAGAGAACGGAGAAGAGGAGGAUGUGGGCUCGGAGAACACUCCACCCGAACCUGAGCUCGAGUCCAGCUCCCAAACACAGAGCCAGACCCCUCAGCCCCCCACGGUCCCUCCUUCACCACCGUCUUCUGGGUCCCAGAUGGAAGAUGGCCGCGUGCUGUUAGACACCUGGUAUGUUAUUAAGCCAGGCAACACCAAGGAGAAGAUAGCCUUCUUUGUCGCACACCAGUUCAGCGGAGCGGGCCAGCCCAGACCUAGCGCCAUGAAGGUUAAAGGUAACUGGGCUACUGACUGCAGUAAAGCCAAAAGACGAAGACGAUGCUCAUCCUAUGAACCUCCAACACGCUCCCAAACCUCAGAAUCACAACACAGCCAUGACCCCUCCCUCGCACCUCCGAGCCCCAACGAGUCGCAUCACGGGGUUAAUGAAACCGACCUGCUCUCUGUGGCAGAGAUGGUUGCGUUGGUUGAGCAGAGGACGGCCAUGGCCCUUCAGGGGAUUGUGACUGUUCAUGGCAACCAAAACCAACCUCCCAAUACCACUCACAGUCAGGGCCUGAGCCCCCACCAGCACACUCUACUCCGGGGCACAGUGUCAGACCCCUCCUCUAUGGUGUUCGUGUCGGACAGUUCGGAUGGCCAGCCCUCUAAAGAGGCCAGGGAGUCCACAUCAUCUCUCAUCCAAACAGACCAGGAGCUCGAGGAGCAGCAGGAGUCGCUGAGGGUAGCCCAAGCCAUCGCACACUUUGAGUCUCAGAACCUGGAGAACCGGCUCCAUCUGGGCCCCGGGUCCGGACUAGACUCUUCUAGUCGAGACAGAGAAAGGGAGCGCAGGAGAGGGGGCGAGUCCGGCACUGUAACACCACCUCCACCCCCCAGCCACAGUCACGGUGAGGUCAGGAUAGCUUUCAGAGUGUCAAAUCUUGACCCGCGCUCUCAGUUGGAGCCAGCUGGUCGGUCCCGUUGUAUGUUUAUGAGCUGUGGUGGUGGGAGCAAUCAGGCAGCAGCCAGGGCCAAAGAGAAAAUCACAUGUGACCUCUACCAGCUAGUCAGUCCCUCAUCAAGAGAUCCCAGUAGUCUGCUGCUCGCUGCCACAACUGCUGCUCCCAAAACAGAUGGAGACCCUCAUCACCCGGACAGGUCGACCUGCGGCAGCCCGGACACAACCCAGGAGCUCUCCUCUGGGGAGAAGAAAGCUGUGGGUGUGGGAAGGGAGCGAGUGACGGGGUUCCACGUGGAGGUGGUGGUGACAGGUGCCGUAGACCAAUGUGUGUUUUAUGGCAAGGACAGUACGGAGAAUGUGCAAGAGGAGACGGUGUGUUUUGCCAUGCCUAGCGGGGGAGGGGGCGGCGGGGGCGUAGGAAGCUCCGCCGACACGUCAUCGGAUGACCCUCCACCUGGACAACUCUUUUUCCUCCAGCCGCCUCGGGGCCCGGAGGAGGAUGUAAAAGGAACCGGCGCUGGCAGCGGGUCAGGAAUUUGCUCUUUGGACUGUGCCAACAACAACAGUCCUGGGACGGGAGUGGCAGUGGGCUCAGGGGAGCGGGCAACUCGACCAGACUCUCCCAGCGUCGCGGACGACUGUUCGGACCCCUCACUGUGCCGCCUCUACCGCCACGUGUCCCACGACUUCCUGGAGAUCCGCUUUCAGAUCCAGCGGCUCCUCGAACCGCGACAGUACAUGCUACUGCUCCCCGACCACAUAAUGGUCAACAUUUUCAGCUAUCUGCCAACGCGCUCCUUGGCAGCCCUCAAGUGCACCUGCCACUACUUUAAGGUGUUGAUCGAGACAUACGGGGUGCGGGCGGUGGAUUCGCGCUGGAACCAAGACCCUCUGUACAGGGACGACCCCUGCAAGCAGUGUAAGCGACAGUACGAGCGCGGGGACGUUUCUUUGUGCCGUUGGCACCCCAAACCUUACCACCACGACCUGCCUUACGGACGUUCCUACUGGAUGUGCUGCCGGCGUACAGAUAAGGACACGCCGGGCUGCCGCGUCGGGCUCCACGACAACAACUGGGUCCAGCAGCCAGCCGACGGCUCUACGCCCAUUCGCACCAAGAGGGAGGACAGGAGGGAGGAGGCCAGGUAGAGAGGAAAAGGGUACACCUCAAACACACCAACUCUCAUCUCAUUCUGUGUACCUCCUCCUUCCUCACACCUCUGGUCAGAUGAACACGUGAACAGAGAGGGAGUACGAGGAGGAAGGAGCACUCCAGUACUAUUUUGUUUUUCUUCGCUCCAGCUCUCCUCUCUCACGCUUCCUCUCAGCAAAGGGAGAUUGAGAGGUUAAGUAGGAAGAGGGGUGCGUCACUCUCCUUGCCUUUUUUUUUUUUUUUUUUUUCAAGCGCUCCAGAGUCUCCCCCCCCCCCACUGUGCUCCAGAGUGGCUACUUUUUAAAAGUUUGCAUACCAGGGUUGGGGUCCCCUCCUGCUGCUGUCGUUCAGCCCGUUUUCUGUCUCGUAAUCAUUCGAGUCCCCGUCUAACUCUGCACACGGUCGUUAGGUAAUUCAUGUGAAAACUUUGCAGUGUAUUUGAUUGAGAUUAGCAUUCAUAAAGUGACGCAUAGAAAUGUAAUGCCCUAGAGCCUGCUUACUAUUCCCAGUAUUUGUUCUAUGUUCUGUGUCGUAUCACAAACUUCCACGUUCGCUGUACAAUGGUGCUUCAAGGAAUGAGCUGUGCUGAGUCCGACACAUGUAAAACUUUUCAGUGGGGGAAUGUCCAGCGUUACUAUAGAAAUGUGAUUGUAAAAAGCAAACUUGACUUUCCGUUGUACAAGAUUGCCAUUUGUACCUGUCCCACACCAUGCUUUUUCCUUUCUGAAUGUGCUGUAAUGUUGUACUACGUUGACCAGUCCCCUGAUGAUGCUGCUGAAAUCAUUGCCUGUGUCACUGAUGUUAAUUCUGAAAUAGCCAUACCAUUGGUUAAACGACAGGCACGAUCUCUACAUACUAGCCAGUCUCACUGAGGCCUGUUGAGAUCCAACACCCCUGUCAUUGUUUCAGAGUGGACCCUAACCUUGCUGACCAGCCAUAAAGAGGAGCCACUGACUACUUUCUGGUUUACAGAUUAUUAUGGGAGAUGGACUUGUUGAAGACCAGGGGGAUAGAGUGGGAUUUAAAAGAGAAACUUGAUGUCACUUUGGAAAGGCCUGAUGUCACUUUGUAUGGUUUGAUUGACUUGCUUGUUUGCCAUUUUGUUUUGUUUUUUUGUUUUUUUGUUUUUGUUUGGCUGUUUUAUUGGGGUGUGUGUCUGAGAAUGUUUGCUGUUGUAUUUGCUUUUAUUCUUGAGGACCGUGUUCUCCCUGUAUCAGUCUGUCGCCCUACUCAUCUUGCAAAGAUGCAUUUUUUUUUUUUUAAAAGCUCCAUCUUUGUUUUAAGCCCCGGCUCUCUUCCUUUUUCCUCCACCCCUCCGUCCUCCGAUUCGGCAGAGGGCAGCGUUCGCCAAAGCCGUCAUUCAUGCUUCGAAGCGGGUGAAACCAACUACCACAGAGACUCUCUACACCAGCUUCCAGCCUUAAAAGCCCCUACCUCUUUCCCACCCUGCAGGAGACUGAGGCGUCAGAUACCUCACAGAUGAUCAAGAGUAUUGGGAGUUGCACAGGACCCUGUAAGUGGCUAGAUUUCAGAUGCUUGACAGACUCCAUCCAGCUCUUCUGGAUCCACCCAAAACUCUUAGCGUGAGAGUGUAAGAUGAACAGUGCCUGGUGGUGGCUCUGACUCUUCAUUCAUGGAAAAAAAAAAAAAAAAACUCCCCCCCACCGUUCCCUUCUUGCUUUUACCCUCCAAGAACCUUGCGAGCUGACAGACUGGACAGAUGUGAUGAAUGAUGCUGAAACUCUGCAUGGAGAUGGGAAGAUGGUUGGGUAGUCAUGGGACUCCAGACAUGUACAAUGCUAAUGGGAAAUAUCUGCUUAAAUAAAAACAGAAGUGAUGAUUAAAACUGGAAAUCUGAAUCACUA